UUCUCUCAAUCUUGGAAGACGAUGGGAAUUAGCAUAGCGAUCGGGUUGAGUGCUCUCUUUUUGCUUCUAAUUUUAUGGUCUCUCGCGGAACUCGCGCAGAAGUUAUGGUGGCAUCCGCUCAGGAUACAGAGGAUGAUGGCCCGACAGGGAAUCAAAGGCCCGCCUUACAGGUUCAUCCAUGGAAGCACCAAGGAAACGAUGAAGAUGAUCACGGAGGCCAGAAGCACGCCCAUGGACAAUCUCUCCCAUGACAUACUCCCCAAGGUUCAGCCUCACAUCCACGCAUGGAUCAACACAUACGGGAGGAAUUACCUAAGUUGGUACGGGACUCAAGCUCAACUGAUCAUCUCAGAACCCGAGCUGAUUAAGGAGGUGCUAAUCAACAGAGACAAAACGUAUCCGAAAACAGGAUCGAAGGACUUCGGCAAGAAGCUUUUAGGAGACGGGCUCGUGACGACGAAAGAUGAGGUAAAGUGGGCGAAGCAGCGUAGACUCGCCAAUCACACUUUCCACGGGGAAAGCCUGAAGAACAUGGUUCCAGCGAUGGUGGAGAGUGUUCAUAUGAUGCUAGAGAAAUGGAAGCAACAGGACGGAAAAGAGAUUGAUGUGUACGAAGAGUUCAAGUUAUCGACAUCCGAAGUGAUAUCGAGGACUGCGUUUGGGAGUAGCUACGUUGAAGGGAGAAACAUCUUCGAGAUGACGGCAAACUUGGGUUUGUUGUUGUCCAGGAAUAGUUUGCGCAUGAGGUUCCCGGGAAUGAGCAAGGUUUGGAAGACGGCAGAUGAAGUCCAAGCUGAGAAGCUCGAGAAAGGCAUUCGCGGUGCGAUCUUGGAGAUCGCCAAGAAAAGAGAGAAGAAGGUGAUGGCUGGGGAAGCAGAUGACUAUGGGGACGAUUUCCUAGGGCAGCUUGUGAAGGCUUACCAUGACACGGACGAGAGCAAGAAAAUCACUGUCAACGAUCUGGUGGACGAGUGCAAGACGUUCUACUUCGCCGCCCAAGAAACCACCACCGGAAUGCUGACGUGGGUCAUGUUGCUCCUGGCGGUCCAUUCCAAUUGGCAGGAGGAAGCGAGGAAGGAGGUUCUCGAUGUGUUCGGGAAUGAAGACCCUGACUCCGAUGGAAUCGCCAAGUUAAGGACGAUGAGCAUGAUCAUGAACGAAGCUCUAAGGUUAUACCCUCCUGUGAUUGGGUUCAAUCGAAAAGUUAACCAGCAACUUAGGUUGGGGAAACUUGUUCUUCCUGCUAACAUUCAAGUGUUCAUAGCAAACCUCAAGCUCCACCAGGACCCCGAAAUCUGGGGAGAAGAUGUGCACCUCUUCAGACCGGAGCGAUUCGCAGAAGGUGUCUCUAAAGCAACCAACAACAACGCAGUCGCGUUCCUUCCCUUCGGCUUUGGGCCUCGAAUGUGUGUGGGAAUGAACUUCACGACGCACCAGGGGAAAAUCGUCCUCUCAAUGAUUCUGCAGCGCUACACUUUCAAAUUGUCUCCUGGGUACAUCCACAGUCCAGCUCAAAUCCUCACGACUCGCCCCCUACACGGACUUCAAGUUGUAUUUCAUCCCUUGUAGCUCGUUUAUCAGCCUAUAUGGUCUAGUCAAAGCUGAGGUAAUAAUGUGCAGAGACUAAUUUUAAUGCCUUUG